AGUAGUUUGUUGGCUAGGUAACACCCGUUGACAGUCUAAACCACAUAAAUAUUUUAUAGACAAACUAGCUCAUUCAGAUCACCUAUACGACACAAAGCAUUACUUUUCUCGUUGUAAAUUAAGCGACGAAUGAUUAAAGGAGGUUUACGACGUCUGGUAACAAAAGGUCGGUAGAAAGAAGCCAGAUCCGGUAGCUGUAGCUUAGCUGCAGUCCGAAUGGAAUCGGCUGUCAGAUAAUUCCGUCUGUGAUGGAUAGCAGGUGACUUUUGGCCAUCUAGCUAACGUUAGCUAGCUAGCCAGCCGGAUAUGGUCUGGUUUGUAAUGAUGAUGAAAACAUGUCUUGACUAUAACUAGCUAGCUAACUGUCGCCGUAGACUGUUGGCUUAUGGUUGUCCGGUUAGCUGUAGUAAUUAAAUACAAGACGCUGUCUUAUUUAGCGUUAUGCCUUGGGCCACCCUUACUAUCUUAUGUUAUUGUUGUUAGCUAAGUUUGCUUGUGUAAUACUAUGACAAGCUAAUUUAGCUGGCUAGGAUAGCUACCCAGGUAGCUAAAUUGUGUACAAGUGUCUAUAGAGAUUAAUUAAACGGGACAAGGGACCCAGUUCCUUUAAUGAAGAGCAUCACGCUUGAAGAAAACGCAUUGCUUUCUAGUGUAAAUGAUAAAGCUCGCAAAAACGCCCCUGGCGUUUAAUUGUGCUAGCUGUGAACAGGUAAUCCUAGUUAACUACACGAGUAAGUUUGCUUCUAUACGAUUCUGAAGCAGGUAGCUAAGCUAAUGAUUUUGGUCCUAAACGAGUGGGGGGGAUUUUCGUAUUUGUAAGAUCACGACAGCAUUGUUGCAUUUCACAAGUUACCUAGGUUAACUUGCUAGCUAGACGUCUACCUCCAUUACGGUUGGUCACAGUCGCUUACAAUGAAAAACUGUGAAUAUCAACAAAUCGACCCCCUAGCACUGGGAACACCAGCCUCAACACCAACGUCCACUCAGUGUGCGAAAAACAAAUCACAUCGCCCACGAAGAAAAUGGGAAGUAUUUCCUGGGAGAAAUCGUUUCUACUGUGAUGGACGUAUCAUCGUUGCCCGGCAGUGCGGUGUGCUGCCAUUGACACUCGGCCUUAUUGUGGUCACGAGUGUGUUAUUCUUUAUAUUUGAUUGCCCCUUUUUGGUGACUCACCUUACUAUCUGCAUCCCAGUGGUUGCUGGAGUGCUGUUUUUGUUUGUGGUCAUUACCCUUCUUCAGACCAGUUUUACAGAUCCAGGGAUAUUACCAAGGGCUUUACCCGAGGAGGUCACCAACACUGAACGGCAAAUCGAUAACUCUGGGUCAGUUACAUACCGCCCCCCACCUCGGACUAAGGAAAUCAUUAUAAAUGGGGAGGUAGUCAAGCUCAAAUAUUGCUUUACCUGCAAGAUGUUUCGUCCCCCCCGUACUUCACACUGUAGUCUGUGUGACAAUUGUGUAGAGCGUUUUGACCACCACUGCCCAUGGGUGGGGAAUUGUGUUGGGAAGCGCAAUUAUCGCUUUUUCUACACCUUCAUAGUCUCAUUGUCCUUUCUCACCUCCUUCAUUCUGGGCUGUGUGAUCACACACCUUACUUUACGAUCACAAGGUGAUAAAGGUUUCUUACAAGCCUUACAGGAGAGCCCAGCAAGUGUUGUGGAGCUGGUUGUUUGUUUCUUCUCUAUCUGGUCUACUCUGGGCCUUUCUGGCUUUCAUACUUACUUGGUGGCCUCCAACCUCACAACUAAUGAAGAUAUAAAAGGCUCUUGGUCAACCAAAAGAGGAGAAGAAUCAGGAAACCCUUACAGCUACAACGGCAUCUUCCGUAACUGUUGUGCAGUGCUGUGUGGACCCAUGCCCCCGAGUUUAAUUGACAGAAGAGGUUUUUUACCUCCUGAUGUGAUCCCUCGAACGGUCGCCUCUGGGUCUGAGCUCCAUCCUUUCAUGGCCAAAAAUGACACCAACAUGUGCACACAGGCCCCUAAGAAGCUUUUGGAGACAGUUGCUCAUUCAUCACUGGUCCACAGCACCUGUACCUCAGCCACACCUAAGACUGCCCUAGUGACCCAGGAAUUUCCCUUCAAUAGUGUUUCGAGCAUGCUGUCACCAUCUAACACAACACAAGUUCCCCUGCCAGCCGCUCGGGACAACAGACGGAGCACCCCAUGGACAAGGCCUGCUGUCAGAGAGGGAAUAACUCAAAAGGGCAUGCUGGAUGCCUAUAAAUAUCAGGUGUCUUGAGUCCACCUUACUCCCUUAGCCAUAGCCCUCUCAUAUGUAGUAAGGUUCCUGACGUGAGCUUUGUCCCACUGCUACUCCUCUGCUAACCCUGUCAGAGAUGGCACGGUACCUGAGAUUACAUUUAUCCUUCUAAAAGUAGCAGUAAAAGUAUGUGUAUAUAUAUUUUUUUUAAAAACUCAGGAUUGUCUCAGGAGCCAUACCACCUUGGAGAAGUAGGUAACAGCUACUGGACCUAAGCUUUUUAAUGUCCAUUGUUAUGGAUAGCAAACUGGUUUUAGGAUUAAACUACUCUUUUGUGAUCUUUCUCAAACUGGAUACUGAUGACCACAAAGCAUGUUUCUUGAGUUAGUUUUGUUUCUUAUUUUAUCUACAGUGAUCGCAAGUGAUGUUUGAUGUUUGGCCUGAGCCAUAUUUUAAUCUUAGUCAUAGCAAUAAUCGUAUUUGUAAAACGACUUGUUUUAGGGAAGUGUCACUUGACAUGUACAAACAAAAACGGGCCUCCACCGCACAACCACCAGAGGAGAGGGAGAAUGAAAUGCAAAAAGGAAUAAGGAAGUAAUUGGUUAAUAAUCAGUAUUACAGAAGGGGUGUUCAAGCAUGGGGCAUGAUGUCUGUUUAUUAGGAUUAUUUAAACUUGUGCUCACUGGACAUCCCAUGUGAAGUGGUUAUAAAACUAAUCUCAGCAGUAAAAAUUCCACAUGCAAAUAUGAACUCUCCAAGUCUUAAUGUCACUAAACUCAUGCUGAGAUGUAGCCUUCUAAGCUUGUGGGGUGUGGAGGAUGGAUAGGUGAUGCAAAGCCUUGUGGGUCAUGGUAUUUAAGUAAUCUUAGUACCAAAAAAACAACGACCAGGUUUCUACAUUAGGCAUGGCUACUGUAUACAAGUACAGUGACCCUGCAUCCUAGAAAUAGAAAUCUGCAUCCUGUGGAAAUUACUUAUACUGGCUGUACAAGUGUUUAGUGGGGUUUUGCUGGGGAUUUACUCAAUUCUCAAUAUUUGUGUAUUUGUACUUAAACAUCCUCACCUGAGUCUUAGAAUUGCUGUUUAGAACAAUAAUUAAGAAGAUUCUUAUAUAUUUAUUUUUGUAUGGUUAGAGGUUAAUGUUAGGCCCUUUUUGAGUAAUUGAGCAGGAAAUGGUGAGCCCAGUGUUUAGGCUGGUAAAUUUAGGAAAGUAAUAAUCCUGAAAUAUUUUCCAGAAGAUGGAUGUUGGUGGGUGCAAAUUAAAUAAUGUCUUAAGAUGACUAUUGUCAGCAGUGUCAUUGUUUUGUAAAUUCUACUGAGGAAUUU